AUGCAUGAGCUAUACCUUCAAGUACGUCGUGACAUUAUCGAAGAGCGGAUACAGCCCCGGCGUGAUGCUGCAUACGAGCUAGCCGCCCUGGCCUUGCAAGCCGAAUUUGGCAAUCGACCACCGCCGGUAAUUCAUGAUUACUUUGACAAUCAGCACUACUUACCUCAGGUAAGGACCGAUGUCACCAUGCAUGAACUAUACCUUCAAGUACGUCGUGACAUUAUCGAAGAGCGAAUACAGCCCCGGCGUGAUGCUGCAUACGAGCUAGCCGCCCUGGCCUUACAAGCUGAAUUUGGCAAUCGACCACCACCGGUAAUCCACGAUUACUUUGACAACCAGCACUACUUACCUCAGCGCUACUGCAACAGUGAUGACCCGAAACGCCUACAGUCAGUGCUGGCUGAGAUGCAUGGACAUUAUGCGGGCACAAAGUCAUCAGAUGCUGAGCACAAAUUCAUCCAAAUCUGCCAACGACAUCGUGACUUUGGCGCUCACCUCCAUCGAGUUUUCCGCAAUAAGCCGACUGGAAACCAUGGCGCCGCUCCGUUUGAUCCGGAUACCGGAGCGGCUUUAUGGAUAGCCAUAAUGCCGAGAGGUAUCGGUGUGUAUGAGGAACAAGGUCCUGUAAGGGAACUUUUGGCUGAACACUUAUGGCAGGAUACACAAACGUUACAAUUUGAUAGGAAGAAGUUCGUGAUCAUUGCCGUUGAGGGGAGCCAACAGACUGAGUCUAUUUUCUACACUGAUCAUCACACAAAGUGA